AUGGAAUUUGGAAGUGUUCUUCAGUUUCUUGAAAACAAGACCAUUUUAGUCACUGGUGUAACUGGGUUUCUUGCUAAAGUUUUUGUGGAGAAGAUACUAAGGGUUCAACCAAAUGUGAAGAAACUUUAUCUUCUUUUAAGAGCUGCAGAUGCUACUUCUGCAAGUCAUCGCUUCCAAAAUGAGGUGAUAGGGAAGGACUUGUUCAGAGUUGCUAAGGAGAAAUGGGAUGCAAAUCUAAACUCUAUCAUAGCCAAAAAGAUUAGUAUUGUUCCUGGUGAUGUUCGUUAUGAAGACUUGGGAAUUAAAGACUCUUCCUUGAAAGAAGAGAUGAAGAUCGAAUUGGAUAUUGUACUGAAUUUUGCUGCCACCACCAAAUUUGUUGAAAGAUAUGAUGUUGCAUUUGGCACUAAUGCAAUUGGAGCUAAGAAUGUUUUGUGCUUUGCCAAAAAUUGCCUAAAAUUAAAGUUACUUGUCCACAUUUCUACUGCUUUUGUGUGUGGAGAUAGCUCAGGGCUGAUACCAGAAAGCCCCUACUGCUUGGGUCAGACACUUAAUGGUGUCUCCAAAUUAGAUAUUGAAGAAGAGAAGAAACUAAUUGAUGAAAAAAUAAAUGAACUCCAAGCUGAAGGAGCUCCAGAAACAACGGUUAAAAGGGCCAUGAAAGAUAUGGGAAACAAAAGAGCAAAGACAUUUGGAUGGCCAAACACAUACGUAUUUACCAAGGCUAUGGGAGAAAUGCUUGUAGGACACUUAAAAGAAAAUGUGCCUGCGGCGAUCAUACGUCCCACCAUGAUUACUGCGACUUGCAAGGAACCUUUUCCUGGUUGGAUUGAAGGUGCAAGAACUGUGGAUGCACUGACUCUUGCUUAUGGUAAAGGAAAAUUGUCAUUCUUUGCUGUUGAUCUUGCUGCAAUCGCUGAUGUGAUACCAGGUGACAUAGUGGUGAAUGCCAUAAUUUUAGCUAUGGUGGCUCAUGCAAAUCAACCUUGUAAUGAUAUUAUUUAUCAUGUGGGAUCAUCAGCAAGAAAUCCUAUAAGAUGUUCUGGUAUCGAAGAUUACCUCAUUCGUUACUUCACAAACAAACCAUGGAUCGGCAAGAAUGGAAAGCCAGUCAAGGUUGUUAGUAAAAUGACCAUAUUCAAUAGCAUCGCUGAAUUUCACAGAUUUACAAGGAUUCGCUACUUGCCAUUGUUAAAG